UCAGCCGUCAGCAGGAAUCGAAAACCCGGUGGGGAGUGGGGGGGUCUCUACCAGCUUGCUAGGGCUAAGCGCGGUAACCGCUGUGCCACCACUCCCCAAACAGGCCAGGUGCACAUUAAGGCCACGUGAAGUGUCGAAAGGGCCCCUGGCAAGGAGGAGAUCACAGGACUGAACCCGAGCAGGUGCAAUGGGUUUACUGACAUGUUUACACGUGCACGCACCUCUCGUAUCUCCUUCCCACCCGAUAGCUAUCUGAAAUAAACAAGAAACUCAACCCUCCCCCACACCUCCACUUUGAGUUCAUUGUCUCAUCCGUCCUAUAAAUAGUCCACAACCCUCAUCCUCCACUUCCACCCCGCGGAUCGCCUACAGAUUCUUUCUCAAAGGCACUCCUCAUCCUCCUUGUUGCCCUCCUUGGAUAUUGGAGUUGCAUCAAGAUCGCUUUGCCUUCGCAGGCCGCGAUGAGGGCUCUCCUCGCUCUCUGCGUCUCCGCGCACCUGAUCCGGCUCGACAGAGUUGAGGGCUACGCGGAGGGAGCUCCCAAAGAUCAAUGCGUGAAGAUGACGCCGAAUCACGGCGUCAUCAACCUCAAGAAUUCUUUGUUCUCUGUGAGCACCGCCGACAACACCUUCAGCGCCAGGACCGCCGUGCAGGUCACCAUCAAGGGUGAGUUCACGGGCUUCCUGCUCCAGGCGCGAGAAGCCGGCACGGCGAACAUCGUGGGGACCUGGGACACCCCGCCCAAUGGCACCAAGUACCUACAGUGCACGAAUUCAAGAAACGACGCCAUGACUCACACCUCCAAUGAUUCCAAGACAGACCUGGUCUUUAAUUGGAUUCCACCGGACUCAAAUGCUUCCACCUCCAUAGAGUUCAUAGCGACCGUCGUGAAGCUGCUCAACGAAUGGCAGGGCAACGUGACGUCACAUCAACUCAAACCCUCGGGUUAUGGAAACCCAGCAAAGACCACGACCAAGACAGUGGCAGCAACAGGAGGAGGCGGGGGAGCUCCAACCACGACCAAGGCAGCAGCAGCAGGAGGCAGGGGAGCUCCAACCACGACCAAGGCAGCAGCAGCAGGAGGCGGGGGAGCUCCAACCACGACCAAAGCAGCAGCAGGAGGAGCGGGAGGAGCUAAAACCACGACCAAGGCAGCAGCAGGAGGAGCGGGAGGAGCUAAAACCACGACCAAGGCAGCAGCAGGAGGAGGCGGGGGAGCUCCAACCAUGACCAAAGCAGCAGCAGGAGGAGCGGGAGGAGCUCCAACCACGACCAAAGCAGCAACAGGAGGAGCGGGAGGAGCUCCAACCACGACCAAGGCAGCAGCAGGAGGAGCGGGAGGAGCUAAAACCACGACCAAGGCAGCAGCAGGAGGAGCGGGAGGAGCUCCAACCACGACCAAGGCAGCAGCAGGAGGAGCGGGAGGAGCUAAAACCACGGUUGGCAGUGACGGCGUGUGGUCAGGCGGGCAUGCGGGGAACACGACCGCGGUGGGCAAGGGUGGCAGCUCCGCUGGGCGUUUGCUCCGCGCUGGGGUGUCGCUCUGCCUGGGCGCGACGCUGGCGGCCGUCGGAGCCACGUGCCUAGAUUAGUUUGCACGGUCACGGGAUUUCGUCCCAGCCACAUGCCUGGCCACGUGUCCACGUGUCGGCACGUGACCUCGGAUGAGAAUGUCCCUCUGUGAAGGGUCUGCAAGUCACGUCGUGAGUCGCUCCGUGAGUCGCGCUGAGUUGCACACAACUUUCUUCGUGUGCCCUCUCACGCCCACCCCGCGUCGCUAGAAAGGAUGCAAGGUCGACAUGUUGUCACGAUCCCCAGCAGGGCAAAUGCAGCGAGUCCUCGCUAACACGCCGGGUGGCAGUGCUGGCAGUCGACCCGUUCCUGAAAAAGUGCUGCGUUAAGUGGAAAACGCGUUGCAAAAAAAGGAUUUCCCCAUAACUGAUUUAUCGACAGUAAAGUUUGGCGAGAUACGACAUACUGUGAUUGCUACUAUGCACACACGAAGUAGUGAGAUGGUGGGACAGAUAACUGAGGGUACGCCGCCGCGUUACCGUAUCAUUCCACGUACUGUAUCACCGUACCGCUCAGCCGUGUAGCUCAGGAAAGUAGUUCGUCACUGACUGGUCGUAAACUGCAUUAUAACAGCGCACAUUCCGCGUUUCAACGGUGACCUAUGCACAGGGACAGCUGCCACUGGGGGUGCCCCUAGGCUAGACCCACACAGCAGCAGCUGUUGCCACCCCACCUGCUGGGAAGUCACUACGGGCUGUGCCUGAUGGCUCCAGCUGCACUAUGAGAAGCACUUGUGCCCCCUGCCACGUGCGCUCGGCUAUUUCGAAUGACCCGCGAGCUGUUUCAGACGACGUCACUGGACGCCUUUGUGAUGUCAUCCCUCGCCUUGACAAUGUCUCCACGUCACUGGAUGGGUCUCUGCACAUGUUAGUCCAUCGUCCGGUGUAUAGCAUGCAUGUGUGUUUUUGAAUAUUUAACUUUUAUUUAUAUAUGUUGACAUAUAUUUCGGGUGGACAAUGUUGGGUGGCAACACUUGUGGCCUCGCAGCAAGAAGAUUUUGGUUUCGAUUCCCAAUUGGGGCUCCGAUUUUGUGUGUGUGUGCAGUUGGUGUGCUCCCUCCCUCUCUCCCCUUGUCCUGCAUUGGUUUACUCCGGCUUCUUCAGUUUCCUCCUCCUGCUAUAGCUCAACCACAUUCCCACAGUGGAACUGCUGUCGCCCUAUAAACCCCCACAUGACCCCCCCCACACCAAUCAGUGCUGAGAAAUCCCCUGCAGCAAAAUCCCUCGACUGGGAUCUCACAGCGGCAGCACCAGCAGCGGUAACAUACCCCCCCUCCCCACUACUGCCACCAACUCCUGGCAGGAGCCUCCAGCUCAACGCGUCCUUGAGACUCGGAGAGACUCUUAAUGGGUAAACGACCGAAGUAGUUAUGAGUAUAUAACAUUAUAUCGUAAUAGGCCAUAUAUUUUAAAGAUUGAAUGUUGCAGUAAUAUUGAAUAUUUAACUCGAGUCUAAACAACCCAUAACACGUUCGCUCUCUUGGACGUUUUACUUUCACCCGCUAACUCCACCCCCACUGUAAGUGUCCAAUCCUUCACAAACCACUUGGCUGUUGAACUCCUGUGUGCCUUUUAAUGAUUAUUGUCGUUGUAUUUUUUGUUUCUUUGCUUUUUCAUGAUGCUGUGAGUUAGAUACACAGAGACCACAAUAAAGACCAAUAAAAUACACGCACAGGUGCAGAGAGAUUACAUCGUUCUGGAGUGGAUUCUGUGUGACCAGGUCAAAACUCAGGAGACCAGGGUAGGAGUCUCAUUCGCAAGCGUGGCCCUGGGUCAUUACCAAAAUGGCAUAUAGACCCAUCGAGAUACAUAGAUUUGCAUAGGGACUCAUAGGGAUAUAGAGAGAUACAUAUGCAGUAGAUUAUCGAUUAUCCACGCUAAUAACAGGGAUGGCAGCCAUGGAUAAAUCUAAAUCACAGAUAAUCCAAACAUAUCCAUUUUUCGCGGAUCUCUAUAGCAAAAACCACUAAUAAAUAGGUACAAAUUAAGUAAAGAAAGUUGAUUUUGUUAAUGCUCAGUGAUAACUUUCCUGCUCCCGCCUCGCAGAAGACUCGGCCCACUAAUUGGAUGGUAGCAAAGCCACAGCCAAUCAACAUCAAUCAAACUCCGCCCACAAAGAUAUGAAACUACUGUACUGUAGAGGUGGUCAUGUGGAUUUCGGAUUAACCGGAGCAACAUA